GUGAUAAGGCAGAGUUGCUGUGAAGUUGAAAGAAGGGACUUGGCAGAAACCCUAACGUCAGGCUCACGCUGACAGAAAUUUGGUAGCCGCCUCGUCUGUUGAUGGUAACAAUAGCAGUUCUGGUCGCUCCCAGCUGUGGCAGGAGUCGGUGGUGUCGGCCUGAGAGGAGCAUGGAGUGGCUAAAUGGAGAAGUCGAUCAGCCUUACAUCCCAAAGAGCGUUCUGGAACUAGACUCCCCUACUCCCCAGUUCAGGGAUGAGUACCUGUUCCUGGCCAGGCCCCGAUCGACACCUCUCCUCAAGCAGGCGCUCCGCUGGAAGUGUGUUGCCGUGGGCUGCGAUGCCACCGACAAGGUGGUAGAGUGGAAGUUAGCCCCCUUGGAAUGUGACGUUACCGAACAGCUCGGGUAUCCGGGCAUGGGCUCCAGUGACCACUGCAGAGGGUGGUACACCCUCCUUCAGCCGAUCAAGCGUGAGGCCUACACCCGCUGGAGCCAUUCCUAUGCCCAGAGGGAAAAGGCGCUGCCCCGCGCCUUUGCCCAGCAGCUGUGGGAGGCCUCGUGGUAUGACCCUAUCGUUCCUGCUCCUCAGUAUCUAGCAUCCAGCCCCCGCUGGGGGACUUUCUUCUGGACGGACAAACAAGUCCCUGGCAAGGAAUUUGUUACCAAUAGGAUCGGGAUUGAAGUGGUGAAGCCAGAGGAUCCAGGCUUCGUGCCCUUGCGGCCCACCCGCCUUCCCCCUUACUAUAAGUCCCAGGACUACUGCAGCUGGAGUCCAUGCACCAAGCAGUAUUCCGUCGUCUCAGAUGUGCACGCGCCCUAACCAGUAAAACUUCUGGGCCUUCCUUCA